GCCUGGGCGUGGGCGCCUGGGCCCCGGCAGCGCUCCCGCGGCUCUGCGCUCGCGGAGGCGUGGUCCGUGGCGGUGAUGGGGGUCACGGUGGACGUGCACCAGGUGUACAAGUACCCCUUCGAGCAGGUGGUCGCCAGCUUCCUCCGAAAGUAUCCAAACCCCAUGGACAAAAAUGUCAUCUCUGUAAAAAUCGUGGAGGAAAAAAUAGAUGAAUCAACAGGAAUUAUCUAUAGAAAGAGGAUUGCAAUCUGCCAGAAUGUGAUUCCAGAAAUUUUAAGAAAGUCCUUAAGCACUUUGGUGAUUCUUUGUUGGAAAAAGGUGAGCAUUUUAAAGGUCCCUAGUAUCCAGUUAGAAGAGGAAUCGUGGCUCAAUCCUCAGGGAAGAAACAUGGCUAUACGGAGUCACUGCCUUACGUGGACACAGUAUGCAUCCAUGAAGGAAGAGUCUGUCUUUCGGGAAAGCGUGGAAAAUCCAAAUUGGACAGAAUUCAUUCAAAGAGGCAGGAUUUCAAUCACAGGGGCUGGAUUUCUCAACUGUAUUUUGGAAACUUUUGCUGGCACAUUCUUAAGGCAAGGAGCACAGAAGGGAAUUAGAAUCAUGGAGAUGCUGCUAAAAGAACAGUGUGGUGCCCCCUUAGCUGAAUAAAGAAUCAUCAGGGAGCUGUGUCCAAGUGUGCUUUUUUCCAACAAUGACUUCUUGGCCACAACACAUCACAGGCACAGUUCCUGGAAUACAGGUUUGAGGAUAUGGUAUUGGCAGCAUAAAGAAGAGGAGACCUCCCUGCCAGGACAUAAAACGAUACCCUCCCCUUGGAGCCUGCUUCAAACAGUAGGACUCAUGGCGAUGAGACCAUCUAGCCGGGUUUUUAUGACACAGUCUUUUUACGAUUUUAUAAAUAAAGAAAAAGAUCCAUGUGAGAUGAUGUCCACUCUGCCUCAGGAUGUCCAGCCAGUUUUUUGUGAUAGUGCCUGGGCCUGGGUGGUGGUGCUUGUACCCAUAUUUUAAGGGCAUGAUUGUUCAUGGAAUUCAUGGGAGAAUUUUGGAACAUAUAAACUUGUGGACUCUAUCAACUGUUUCUAGGGGGCCUGGAAACAGACAGGCAUGUGCCAGACCUGUGUUGAAGCUCAGCCAUAUGUAUGCCAAUGUUUAAGAUUCUUGGAUUUCUGUCCACAAGUGAUGUGUAAGCACUGUUGGUACAGCUCUCAUAAUGUAUCAUGAACUAACUGUGCUGUGGUCCUCUGGAAGAACAUGGAAUGGAGUGUGGAAGGCAGAUUCUAGCUGUGGCUCCUAGUAACUCACCCAGGGAUCUGGAGCAAACCAUUCACCUCUGUUUUUUUCCUGGGACGGCGGGGAUAAUCAGGCACAGGUCUUUCACCUCUGGGUUGUGAUGACUGACAAGAAGAUAGUUUAGUUUGAAGAACACAAGUUUGGGAGUCAGAUAGAUAGACGUGGGUUUGAAAAAAACCCAUCUAUGAGUUCUUUGAUCAUGUCCAUUAUUUUAAAUCUUCCUGAAGCUCAUUUUUUUUUAAUUUGUAAAAUGAGAUGAUGGAAUGAAUUCUGUGAGGUUGUUGGACUGCUUUGAGAUCAUGUAUAUAAAAUGCCCACCAUACUGCUAGAUGCCUAGAAACUCAAAAAAUAGAAGCCAUUAUUCUGUAAAACCAUUUGAACGUAUACGUUUCAACUGUGAUGUAAGGGGAGUAUUAUUGUUUGAAAAUUAGAUGACAGUAGUUUGCUUUUCCCAUGAUGAGAAGCCAAAAUAUGAAUGCAUGCUACCUAACAGAAAGCUUGAAGAGAGGCAAUAAUUUGGAAUUCAUCUUCUUAAGAUAAAAAUUGGGCCAUUACUGGAAAUUCUUGGGGAGAUUGUUCUUUUUUUAAUAUUUGAAAAUUUUCCACUUAGUGCAGUGAUGAAUUUCUAAGUAAUUGUACUUUCUCAUACAAGCCUGCCACUGCAAGCCUCCUCUCAUGUUCUGAGCUGUUUGUGCUGCCUGAGUCUUGUCCCUUGGGAUAAUUUCCCUUCAUUUCCUCUGUAUUUUAUUCUUCAGUUGUGUUGGAGGGAAAAUGAAUGGUAGAAACCAGAACACAUUUUGACCUUCUCUUCCAGUUUAUAAAUGGCAUUUAGUAGGCUUUUGGAAUAAUAGCCUUUUUCCAAAAGUAAGAGGUGAUAUAAAUUAUUGUGAAGGUGAGAAGCAAGAAACUUUUAUUUGGAGAAUGUGUUGGAAUAAACUUAACCCUUCCUACUGACUGACUUGCCUCCUCUGCCAGCCAGAGUUCUCAACCUUGACUAUCCAUUAGAGUCACCUGGGGAACUUAAUGCCAUCCUGAUGGCCUGGGCUACAUCUAGAGUAAGAAAUCAGUAUCGAGAUGGAACCCAGGCAUUAGUGUUUUUAAAAGUUCCCCAUGGGAUUCCAAUGGGCAUCUAAGGAUGAGAACUCUAUAAUAAAUUAGAGGUAAUUUGCAGACAUUUAUCUGAUUUCUUUCAUAAUAUCUCAGAGGUAGCAAAGGAUCUCUGUAGCAGGAACUUUUACUAGAAGCAGAGUGGAGCACAGAGAGGCUGAACUGGUGCCUUGGUUCCCUGCAGCAAUGGCCAACAUGAACAGCACCCUGGCAGCUGGUCUGAUGAGUGAAACAGGCUGUAGCUGUCCUAGAGGUCCUGGGAGUGCACGUCUGGUUGAAGCCAAGCAGCUGCUGUCCAGCACCAGCACAGUGUAGCAGUGUGGCUGGUUUUUCUAUUUUAUUUUCAAUUUUCCAGGAAAAGACAAAAAUUCUUUUUCAAAAGAAAUCUCUUAAUUUCAUGUGUUGCAAAAAAAGACAGAAUUGCUUAAAGCCUUCUUCUAGCCAAACAUGUUUGCAGCCAGUACUUUUCAGCCUGUGUUUUUUGGAUGUUAAGCACUGGCCUGCACAUCCCAGCCAAUUUUUAAUAGAUUUGCAUGUUUGUAUUCUGGACAUAAAAUGCAUCCUGCCUUUCCUCCAAGAUUGCUUUUGGAUGCAUUUUCCUCCUCAUUCCUGAGUAAUCCUCUGGACCCGCAUCAGACACUUUUCCUCACUCAGUAUUUUUCCCCUACAGGCAUAUUGUACUUCAAACUUCAUAUACACAGUUUCAAAAUCUUACGGAGUUUUCAGAAUUAAUUAAGUCUUGUUAGAUUUUUAAACUUAUAUGCAUAUUAAGAAGCCUACAUUUAAAUUUGUCAUUUGAUGCAUAGUGUAAAAAAUGUCAAAGCUGGGAGUGUGCAACUUUGAUGGACACACUAGAACCAGGGUGGGAAGGGUGAAUUCACAGACCUGGUCAUUUUCCUCCUGACUGGGCCAAUGAGUUUGCCCUUCAAGGAGAGGAUGUACCAGACACCCCUGGAGAGUUUUGCUGACAUUCAAGUCCUCUGGUCCUUCCCUAGAGAUCCUGAUUCAUGCACUUUCAAUUGGGAUUUAGGAACUGCAUUUUGAAACAAGUUCUUCAGGUUAUUUGGUUGUGCUGUUCCACAGACCACAUUGUGAGAAACACUCAUUUGAGAAAGGUAUUUUUGACCUCAAUGUCUUCUAUCAUUUAAGGAGGUUUCAGAGUCAUUUUGGCCCCCUGAUCAAUGUAGUUGAUCACUCAAAAUCCAAUAUGUAGUUCCUAUGCAGAGAGAGGCUGAUUCAAGUUAUCCCUAUAGUGAUUGAGGUGCUUUUCCCAGGAAGGGUAUUAGGAUUUAAAUUAUAUUUAGAUGAAAAAGGUGCUGUAUUGUUUUUAUAUAUAAAUUACUUUGUGUAUCUCUUUUCUUUAUUGUGGUGCUAGGGAUGGAACCCAGGGCCCUGUGUGUGCUAAGCACAUGAUCUACCACUGAGCUGCAUCCCCAGCUCUACUCUGUGUAUUUUAUAAGCAGUGCAUAUGUACUAACAAUCCCAUUUAUCAGUUUUUGUAGGGUACACAGUAUAGACAACUUGAGGUUAUUCUUUUAAGUUAUACUUUUUUUUUUUUUUGCUUUAUUUCGACCAUUUGCAUGGAAUUAUUUCUUAAUUUAGCAUACAUUUCCCUGCUCUGAAAAACAGAAGUAUCAAAGAUAAUGAAAUCUUUUCAGGGUCGUCAUUUGUGUUUUUAAUUAUGACAUUUCUGUCUCGGUUUGUUAGACCCCCUACACCGAAUAGCCCCAGAAACGUUUGCUCUUUGAGUUCCAUGGCGGCUUUAGAGUUUUUCUUUUCUCUCACUAUUAACUGUCAUUUCUCUCUGCUGUUUUGGUGCCUGCCUCUGGAAGCUUGUGCUAGUUUUCUGCAGGGCUGGGAAAUUGUGUAAUUGCAUCCUCUACCUCAUGACAUGAACAAGGCUGAAUGAGGCUUUUUGAGCCUUAAAAUGGGUGAACUUGGCUACCUUGACUUGUGACAUUAUUUGUGACUUGGCGCCCUCCUUCCAACUUAUUUUCUGAUCUUCAACUGCAGUUGUCAGAUCUGUGACCUCAAGAUAAGCCAGAUGUUGAUAGAAAUCAUUUCUUUUGAUGUAUGAACCAUUGCCUUUCUCAAUGGUGUUAAUGUUUUAUAUAUACCGUCCUAUAAUGUGAAAUGUAGUGGAUUAAAAUUCAAACAAAAAUUUCUCAGGCCAGGUUUUUAUAUAGGAUAAAGUUUUAAAUUCAGUAUUACUAUGACUUGGAGUUAUAAAUUAGUUGUAUGCCUAUGAAAUUCCAUCCUGCAGUCUUUCUGAAAUAAAGGUGUUACAAUCAGUA